AUGCGGCCCGGCGAGCGCCGCGGCGCGACCAGGUGUGGCGGCGGUAUUUCCGACGUUGUCCUUGGUCCCGGCCAUCCACCUGGAUGCCUGGUGCCACGGCGGACGAGAGAUCCGAGGUUCUCGUUCCGGAGCCGACUCUAUCAGACAAUAGCAAGUAAAGCGGCCAGAGGCGGAGACUCGAAGGGCGGUUCUGCAUGGCGGCCGGGGGAACUUUCCGAGGCCUGGUUCUAUAUCCAUCCUCGGACCCGGUAUCGCUCCCUCCCAGCGACCACCACCAGAAGAAUGGCAGCGACGAUCGAUACCAGCACUAUCGGCCGUCCCCCGUCGCGGCAGCAGCGCCGCCGUCACGUCCGUACCCUCACGGGCUAUGCCCCCGAGGUCGACGAGCGUGGCCAGGAGAAGUGGCCCCGCGGCGAUGAAAAGGCCUGGAAGGACGCCUUCCGCGGCGUUACGACCGAUGUACCCGGCAUCACCAAGAACAUCGUCGGCCAUGUCCAGGCCACGCUCGCUCGUCAGCCCUACAACCUCGACGACUUUGGCGCGUACCAGGCGGCGGCAUUGGCCACCCGUGACAACCUUAUCCUAAACUGGAAUGACACUCAACUUCACUGGACGCGCAAGCAGCCUAAGCGCGCCUACUAUCUAUCCUUGGAGUUCCUCAUGGGCCGUACUCUCUCCAACGCCCUUCUCAACCUUGGUAUCCAGGACAAGACCGGCGAGGCUCUCCAGUCACUUGGCUUCGGUCUCGAGGACGUGCUUGUCCAGGAGCGCGAUGCUGGACUUGGUAACGGUGGUCUUGGUCGCCUUGCUGCCUGCUACCUUGAUUCGUCCUCGACGCAAGAACUUCCCGUUUGGGGUUACGGCCUGCGCUACAAGUACGGUAUCUUCAUGCAGCUCAUCAAGGCCGAAGAUGGUACCCAGCUUGAGGCUCCGGACCCCUGGCUCGAGCACCAGAACCCGUGGGAACUGCCGCGCCUGGACGUGCAGUACGAGGUUCGUUUCUACGGCUCCAGUGAGCGCGCAAACGACGGUUCGGGACGUGCCGUCUGGUCCGGUGGCCAAGAGGUUCUUGCUGUGGCGUACGAUGUCAUGAUUCCCGGAUAUGGCACCCGCAACACGAACAACCUUCGCUUGUGGGAGUCCAAGCCCAAGCGCGGCUUCGACCUCCAGAGUUUCAACGCUGGUGAUUACGAGCGCGCCAUUGAGGCUUCCAACAGCGCUGCCGCGAUCACGUCCGUUCUCUACCCGAACGACCACACCACGUUCGGUAAGGAGCUCCGCCUCAAACAGCAGUACUUCUGGACUGCCGCGUCGCUGGCCGACAUGAUGCGUCGCUUCAAGAACAUGGGCAAGCCCAUCUCUGAGUUCGCCGAGUACAACGCGAUCCAGCUCAAUGACACCCACCCGACGCUGGCCAUCGUUGAACUCAUGCGCAUUCUCGUCGACGAGGAAGAGGUUGGCUGGGACGAUGCCUGGACGAUCGUUACACAGACGUUCUUCUACACCAACCAUACCGUGCUUCCCGAGGCGCUCGAGAAGUGGCCUGUGCCGCUCCUCCAACACCUCCUGCCGCGCCACCUCCAGAUCAUCUUCGAUAUCAACCUGCUCUUCAUGCAGUCCGUUGAGAAGAAGUUCCCGGGUGAUCUUGGACGCCUCAGCCGUAUGUCUCUCGUCGAGGAGGGCUUCCCGCAACAGAUCCGUAUGGCGAACCUCGCUGUCAUCGGUAGCCGCAAGGUCAACGGCGUGGCUGAAUUGCACAGCCAGCUGGUUCGCUCGAACCUUUUCCCCGACUUCGUCGAGUUCUAUGGGCCAAGCAAGUUCUCCAACGUCACUAACGGCAUCACGCCCCGCCGCUGGCUCGACCAGUGUAACCCCGGACUCUCGCAGCUCAUCACAGAGACACUCAACGUACCGAAGGAGGCUUGGCUCCGCGACCUCAACAAGCUUGACGGUCUGCUUGCUCACGCUGACGACGAAGCGCUCCACGUCAAAUGGCAAGCCGCGAAGCGUCAGAACAAGGAGCGCCUUGCGCACUUCGUUGAGAAGUCGUUCGGCGUGAAGGUCGACACAGACGCGAUGUUCGACGUGCAGAUCAAGCGUCUUCACGAAUAUAAGCGCCAGACCCUCAAUAUCCUCGGUGUUAUCCACCGUUACCUCACGCUCAAGGCCAUGUCACCUGAGGAGAGGAAGAAGGUCAACAAGAAGGUCGUCUUCUUCGCUGGCAAGGCCGCGCCGGGCUACUAUGUCGCGAAGCUCACCAUUCGCCUAAUCGUGAAUGUCGCUAAGCACAUCAACGUCGACCCUGACACCAACCAGUACCUAUCGCUCUUCUUCCUGCCUGACUACUCGGUCUCGCUUGCCGAAAUCCUCAUUCCCGCUGCGGAUAUUUCGCAGCAGAUCUCUACCGCUGGCACCGAGGCUAGCGGAACGUCCAACAUGAAGUUCUGCUUGAACGGCGGUCUUCUGCUUGGCACUGUCGACGGCGCGAACAUUGAGAUCGCUGAGCAGGUCGGCGAGGACAACGUCUUCUUCUUCGGCCACUUGACGCCCGACGUCGAGAAGCUCCGUUACGAGCACACAUACCACCCGGUUCCCAUCGAGCAGAAGUGCCCCGCCCUCGCGAAUGUCCUCAACGCCGUCUCGGCCAACACCUUCGGUGGCGAUGGCGUGUACGAGCCGCUCCUCAACACUGUGCGCCAGGGCGACUACUACAUCCUCACCGACGACUUCGACUCGUACAUCCGCGCGCUCGAGAUGGUCGACGAGGCGUACACUGACACGGUUGAGUGGACGAAGAAGAGCAUUCGCACCGUCGGCAAGAUGGGCUUCUUCAGCUCGGACCGUGCUAUCCAAGACUACGCACAGGAGUACUGGAACAUCGAGAGCAGCCGUCUCUCGUAA